ACUCAACAUACAUAUCAUCACAAUGGCACCUCGACCUGACCCUCCCGCAACGGGACGUGUUUAUUUCCUCGAUGUUGGAAUCUCAGACUCCGAGCCCAAUGGACGUCUUCUAACCUGCAAGCCCGAUGGCUCGGAUUUCCGCGAGCUGAUCACACAACUCAACACCCUGCCCGACGGUAUUGCCAUCGACUCUGGCCGCCAGUAUAUCUAUUGGACCAAUAUGGGAAUUCCUUCCGCCGAUGACGGGUCCAUUCAGCGCUGUGAUCUUUCAGGGAACAACAUAGUCACCAUCAUCCCGAAGGGAUACACCCACACUCCGAAGCAAUUGAUCAUUGCUCCACGAUCCCAGAAGCUGUACUGGUCUGAUCGCGAGGGCCGGAGAGUGAUGCGAGCGAACCUAGAUGGAAGCGACAUUGAGGUACUAUACAAGGCCACUUCAAGCGAAGGCACGGACACACCGGCUGUGCUCGACUGGUGUGUGGGCAUUGCAGUUGACGAGGACGCGCAGUUGGUAUAUUGGACACAGAAGGGUCCGUCAAAGGGCAACCUUGGCCGGAUUUAUCGGAUGGGGAUUGAGAUGAGACAGGGAGAGUCAGCGGAGUUGCGGACAGAUGUUGAAUGUCUUAUUAGUGGUCUUCCCGAACCCAUUGAUUUGGAAUUGGAUCACACAACGAGGACGCUGUACUGGACGGAUCGUGGAGAUCCACCUCGUGGAAAUACAGUGAAUUCGGUGGAUCUUUCCAGUGCGCCUGUGAAUAAGCUGGAACCAAAGAUUCUGGUGCGCAAGCUUCAUGAGGGAAUUGGAAUCGCCCUGGAUACCAAGAAUAAGCGUAUGUUCUUUGGAGACUUGGGCGGCUCGUUGUACAGUGCCAAUUUUGAUGGGUCGUGCAAGAACACCAUUGUGGCUGAUGUUGGGGGUGCGAUCACUGGUGUGGCGUAUGUUGGGGAAUAGAGUAUCAUAUAAUCGAGAUAGAAAGCGUUGUAUAUAGUAUAGACUUGUCUGAUUUA